AUGGAGGUGUCUUUGAGCCAGGAGGAUGCUGAUCGUGGAGGGAGUGAUGGUGAUGCUUACAAUGUAGAAAAUUCUGAGUUGGAAGACCUUGCCGGACUAAGUGUGAAUGACAUCCUUAAGAAGGUAUGGGACAACAUUGAUAAUGCAUAUGAGUUCUAUCGGGGUUUCGGAAAAUUGCAUGGAUUCGGUGUGCAAAAGGGUGACUCCGAAAAAGACUGUGAGGGAAAUCUUGUAAGGUACAGGUUUUUUUGUAACAAAGAAGGCUCCAGGGAGCGUAAACACUACGACAGGGUUGACAGAACAAGGGUACACAAACCAGAAAUAAGAACUAACUGCAAAGCAAUGAUAUCGGUUUAUUUAGACAAAAAUGAUAAGUAUUGGAAGGUUAGGAAGUUAGUAACCGAACACAAUCACGACCUGACACCAGCAGGAAUGGUGCACUUGAUUGCCAAUCAUCGUCGGUUAACGGAAGUUGCAAAGAGUCAGAUAAUUGGGAUGCAAGCACAUGGUAUUGCGACCUCUAAGAUUGUAGGGUACAUGGCUGGUAUGGCCGGGGGAUAUUCGUUGUUGGGGUUCCUAAUGAAGGAUGUCUAUAACUAUGCUGACAAAAUGCGGCGCAUUAAAAUAGCUGAUGGCGAUGCGAAUUCUACAUUAGUAUAUCUAUAG